UCUUGGAUGAGCCAAUGACUUGUGGUGCCAAAAUGAGACAUCAUGGGUAUUGUCUUGCCCUCACCUUAGCUGUCCUGGGAUCAGGUGGGUAAAUGUCCUUCUCCUCCAUUGUUAACUUUGUUCUUAAUUGAUUUAAAGACAUGCAUAUGAGAAUAAAAGGCUGGCACUCAAUGUUACACAUAAAACAGAGCCAAGUUGCCUACUGUUUCAUGCUUUCAUUUUAAUGUUCUGUUUAUUUUAGGUUUCUUCACCGUUGGGUCAGCCAAGGUAACAUACAUUAUUGUCUAUACACAACAACAGGGUUUUCAAGAUCCGAAACACUUGGUAACAGUAGCUCUUGUUCCUAAAAAUAAAAACUGGUUUUGCUAAGAGCCUCUCAACUGAUGAAUGAUGGGAUCAGUUGUAGUGGAUGUACCUAUUGUGGUGUGUUAAGUCAUCAAAAACCAGUUUGAUUGUGACAAUUUGAUUAAAUCCAUAUGAUAAUGCAGCAUAUGUCAAUGUGUUUCAAGCUAUGCUGAUAUCACAAUCUCUUUUUUUUAGUGUAUUACAUUGUGCGAUGGGGGAAAUAGGUAAGUUAAAUAAAAUUGGGUAUGUUUCUUGUUUCAUUGCCACUGUGGUCAUGUAAAACUGAUUAGACAGGGGGCUAAGAGAUUGACUUAACUUGUGAUCUAUGUAAUCACUAGCACCCAUGGAAACUCCACCGGUGGAAUGUGUAACAGGACUGAGGGUGCAUGUGCUCCUGUGAGUUUCCCCCCCCUACAAGUUACACAAAUACCUCACAGAAAAUUCCUUAACAAGAGAUUCAUAUUUUUAUCUCUAUAUCACUAUAUUUUUUAGUUUUCAAAUGCGACAUUUGACAGCUUCCUAAGCUGUGCUGGGCUGAGGAGGAUCAACGACACACAGGAGCACAUCGACAGGCUCAAAGGAGUUAUGGAAGAGGCCUUUCAAUUCUACUCAGACUCCUUCAUGGUACAGUACAACAAGAGAGACACAUUUGAUCAACAGUUUCAGGGGAAAAUUGACAAAAUGCCAUUGUGGGAAUUCUUACACAGGGACACUCAAAGUCAAACUUAAAUGAAUCAUAGUUUUUGUCAGCACGCUGGAGAGGUUCCAACCAACUCAAUGCACCAUAGUGCACAUCUGUCAGAAGCCCCCGGGGCAGUCCCAGCAGUUAUCUUAUAUACGGCUAUACACAGACAAGUUAUAUUUGCAUGAUUUAGCAUAAUUAAUUAAUCAUUACCGUUUUGUUUCAUCCAUGUGACCGACCAAUACUGGUAAAUAACAUGUGACAGACCAAUACCUCACGAGGCUUCUUCUCUCUAAGCAGAUACCUUGAAACUGAGAUAUCUUUCUCCUCACGUUCUCAAAACAAGGUCUGGGCAUACUGCCAAAUUGCAGAUACUGAUAAGUGAGGAUUUGUCCGAUCAGUCACUUGCAUAUACACAGAAAUUGUUAUUAGAUCAGCACAUUAAUAGAAUAUAGAAAUGUAUAGAAUAGGAAAGCACCAACAUUAACAUUUCCAUCACAUGUUAUAACAGCAUGAAGUGGACGUAAUGUGCUUUAUGUUGACAUCACUGUUAUUUCCCAUACAGAGGUUCAGCAGGGAUCUGCAGCCCAUCCUAGAGCUGAUCAAUGGGCUCAGCUUCAACACCUCAAAGCCCAGGUUCCACGACGUCAACUUCACCAGAGUGUGGUUCCAGCUCAAGCUCAGGCCACGCCUUGCCUAUGUCUCAGAAAGCCUCCUCUCCUGUCUCAGCACAAGCGACCUCACCUGCGAGACCUACCAGGCUCUGUGAGUUUCCCAUUUUCCCUGUGAUUUUUUGUGUGUUUCCGAUACUUGAUUUGUUGUUGUUUUGAUAAUUUUUAGUGUACAUGAAUUGGAUGUGAAUAUCCUGAGUAUGGACCCUCAACGCCAAAGGAUGGUCUACACGUCCUUCAUGCGCAGGUUUCUGGAGAGAAAUGAUACAGCAGGUAGCCUAUUUAUUUCAUUAUUGAUGGAUAUUGUCACUCAAUAUAUUUGUACUUGGCUGGUGAAUGCGGUAAUCUGUAGGAUGUGAUUGAGAGUUCUAUUUGUGUUCUAAAAAAGGAUGCCUCAUCCAUGGGAACAGCAGUGAGCAGUGGCUGAUGCGGAACUUUGGAUCCUUCUCUACCUUGGUUGACUUUGAAGACUUCUUUGCACUGAACAUGAAUUUCAGUGGUGUAAGUGUAGAACUUUAUAGGGGCUCUUAAUAAAGCAGGGACUGUAAUGUCAGGAAGAUACAGGAUGUCAUUAAGAUGUUAUAGGAUGGUACAGGAAUCAAGAUUAAGUUCUCUCUCCCACAGCUAUCAGUCCUGGCACUGCUGAGCCCGGAACAGAAGGCUGAGUUGGUUCUUCACCCCGGAAAUGGAGGCCUGGUCAAUGGCACCAUCAGCCUGGUCUUCCAGAGUCUGCUUGGACCUCUAAUGAACAAUUAUCACCUGAAUCAGUCAAUGUACAAUUCAACCAUGAUGUCCAACAUGACUGCAGGCAAUGCCACAGGACCACAUGAACUUGAUAGAGUGGGUUAUGUGUUUCUUUCUUUCUUUUUUAUUUAUUUGGAUCCCUAUUUGCUUUUGCAGAAGCAUCAGCUACUCUUCCUGGGGUCCACAAAAAAACACAAAACAUGACAAGUAACAAAACACUGAUAGACAAGAACAGUCAAACAAAUUUCAAAUACAAGGAUAUACAAACAAUACAACUAAAAUAUGUUGAAAAGGCUGUUUCUUUUGCUGUCAUCAACUCCAUGUACAGUAUGAACCAACUAAUGAUUACAAAUCUAUGGUUGCAGACUCUAAACAACUUCCUGUCAUUCCUGAGGCCCUUGGGUAGUUUCAUCAAGACCUUGGUGGGCAGCAUUCGAGCGGUAUGUGUUGUCUUUUACAAUCUCACAAGUAUGAACAAAUGAUUUCCUUUCCCUAGUGUUGAAUGUAAGUCCAAUCUGAAACUAUGUACUAUGCACUAUGUACUGUCUCCCCACAGAGAAAUGUGAGCUCGGAGAGACGGCAUGUUCUGGCCCAGGCAGUAGUGAACUGGAUCCUGGCAGAGCUAGCUGGACACUUCUCCCCCAACUUCACACUGACGAAUGAGACAGUCCCCAGCCAGACUCCCUCUCUCAGUAACUUCAGCAUCACCAGCCUUGAGGACUGGUUCCAGCAUGUGGUCCUCCCUGCCCUGAGACGCUUCCAGCCCAACAACCAGACUCAGAUCCCACACGACCUUACUGCUGUCUUCGACCAUGUCUUGUGAGUUAAAUACAUAUGUUAUGUUAUUAGCCUUAUGUACUUAGUAGACUUUGUCUAGUUGAUUCCGAUCAUUUGGAUAGGACGCAAUCCAGGAGGGAGCCGCGCCGGAGAUGCCCAGCUCGGAGAGGGUGGAGAGGAGGAUCUGAUGGUUCACAGUAUCAAAGGCAGCAGACAGGUCUAGAAGGACAAGAGCAGAGGGAGAGAGAGUUAGCUUUAGCAGUGCGGGAGAGUCUCGUGACACAGAGAAGAGCAGUCUCAGUUGAAUGACCAGUCCUGAAACCUGAUUGGUUUGGAUCAAGAAGGUCAUUCUGAGAGAGAUAGCAAGAGAGUUGGCUAAAGACGGCACGCUCAAUAGUUUUGGAAAGAAAAGAAAGAAGGGAUACUGGUCUGUAGUUGUUGACAUCAGUGGGGUCGAGUGUUGGUUUUUUGAGAAGGGGAGCAACUCUCGCUCUCUUGAAGACGGAAGGGACAUGGCCAGCGGUCAAGGAUGAGUUGAUCAGCGAGGUGAGGUAGGGGAGAAGGUCACCGGAGAUGGUCUGGAGAAGGGAGGAGGGGAUGGGGUCAAGCGGGCAGGUUGUUGGGCGGCCUGCAGUCACAAGUCGCAGGAUUUUAUCUGGAGAGAGAGGGGAGAAAGAAGUCAAAGCAUAGGGUAGGGCAGUGUGAGCAGGACCAGCAGUGUCAUUAGACUUAACAAACGAGGAUCGGAUGUCGUCAACCUUCUUUUCAAAGUGGUUGACGAAGUCAUCCACAGAGAGAGAGGAGGGGGGGGGGGGGGGGAGGAUUCAGGAGGGAGGAAAAUGUGGCAAAGAGCUUCCUAGGGUUAGAGGCAGAUGCUUGGAAUUUAGAGUGGUAGAAGGAAACAUGUGACAGACCAAUACCUCACAAGGCUUCUUCUCUCUAAGCUGAGACCUUGAAACUGAGAUAUCUUUCUCCUCACGUUCUCAAAACAAGGUCUGGGCAUACUGCCAAAUUGCAGAUACUGAUACGUGAGGAUUCGUCCGAUCAGUCACUUACAUGAACACAGAAAUGUGUUAUUAGAACAGCACAUGAAUAGAAUAUAGAAGUGUAUAGAAUAGGAAAGCACCAACAUUAACAUUUCCAUCACAUGUUAUAACAGCAUGAAGUGGACUUUUAUGUGCUUUAUGCUGACAUCACUGUUAUUUCCCAUACAGAGGUUGAGCAGGGAUCUGCAGCCCAUCCUGGAGCUGAUCAAUGGGCUCAGCUUCAACACCUCAAAGCCCAGGUUCCACGACGUCAAUUUCACCAGAGUGUGGUUCCAGCUCAAGCUCAGGCCACGCCUGGCCUCUGUCUCAGAAAGCCUCCUCUCCUGUCUCAGUACAAGCGACCUCACCUGCCAGACCUACCAGGCUCUGUGAGUUUCCCAUUUUCCCAAGUGAUUUUUUGUGUGUUUCCAAUACUUGUGUUUCCAAUAAUUUGUUGUGAUAAUUUUUUGUGUACAUGAAUUGGAUAUGAAUAUCCUGAGUAUGGACCCUCAACGCCAAAGGAUGGUCUACACGUCCUUCAUGCGCAGGUUUCUAGAGAGAAAUGAUACAGCAGGUAGCCUAUUUAUUUCAUUAUUGAUGGAUAUUGUCACUCAGUAUAUUGGAAUUGUUGGCAUUUUGUACUUAGCUGGUGAAUGCGGUAAUCUGUAGGAUGUGAUUUAAGAGUUCUGUUUGUGUUCUAAAAAAGGAUGCCUCAUCCAUGGGAACAGCAGUGAGCAGUGGCUGAUGCAGAACUUCAGAUCCUUCUCUACCUUGGUUGACUAUGAAGACUUCUUUGCACUGAACAUGAAUUUCAGUGGUGUAAGUAUAGAACUUUAUAGGGGCUCUUAAUAAAGCAGGGACUGUAAUGUCAGGAAGAUACAGGAUGUCAUUAAGAUGUUAUAGGAUGGUACAGGAAUCAAGAUUAAAGUUCUCUCUCCCACAGCUAUCAGUCCUGGCACUGCUGAGCCCGGAACAGAAGGCUGAGUUGGUUCUUCACCCCGGAAAUGGAGGCCUGGUCAAUGGCACCAUCAGCCUGGUCUUCCAGAGUCUGCUUGGACCUCUAAUGAACAAUUAUCACCUGAAUCAGUCAAUGUACAAUUCAACCAUGAUGUCCAACAUGACUGCAGGCAAUGCCACAGGACCACAUGAACUUGAUAGAGUGGGUUAUGUGUUUCUUUCUUUUUUAUUUAUUUGGAUCCAUAUUUGCUUUUGCAGAAGCAUCAGCUACUCUUCCUGGGGUCCACACAAAAAAACACAAAACAUGACAAGUAACAAAACACUGAUAGACAAGAACAGUCAAACAAAUUUCAAAUUCAAGGAUAUACAAACAAUACAACUAAAAUAUGUUGAAAAGGCUGUUUAUUUUGCUGUCAUCAACUCCAUGUACAGUAUGAACCAACUAAUGAUCACAAAUCUAUGGUUGCAGACUCUAAACAACUUCCUGUCAUUCCUGAGGCCCUUGGGUAGUUUCAUCAAGACCUUGGUGGGCAGCAUUCGAGCGGUAUGUGUUGUCUUUUACAAUCUCACAAGUAUGAACAAAUGAUUUCCUUUCCCUAAUGUUGAAUGUAAGUCCAAUCUGAAACGAUGUACUAUGCACUAUGUACUGUCUCCCCACAGAGAAAUGUGAGCUCGGAGAGACGGCAUGUUCUGGCCCAGGCAGUAGUGAACUGGAUCCUGGCAGAGCUAGCUGGACACUUCUCCCCCAACUUCACACUGACGAAUGAGACAGUCCCCAGCCAGACUCCCUCUCUCAGUAACUUCAGCAUCACCAGCCUUGAGGACUGGUUCCAGCAUGUGGUCCUCCCUGCCCUGAGACGCUUCCAGCCCAACAACCAGACUCAGAUCCCACACGACCUUACUGCUGUCUUCGACCAUGUCUUGUGAGUUAAAUACAUAUGUUAUGUUAUUAGCCUUAUGUACUUAGUAGACUUUGUCUAGUUGAUUCCGAUCAUUUGAAUAUGAUCAUUAGUAGUAUUUCGCACUAAAUAUUAUGCCUCUAUAUUAUUUUUCAGCUUAUUAAAUCCUCCAAUGGGUUCUAAUUCUUCAAUGUAUUCAAUGGUUGGUGCCAUGGAUGUCUGUCACAUUGGCAACAAUGAUGAUAUGUGCUCGGUGAGUUUUAUCUGUCACUAUGUUCACCUUGGUUAAGCCCUCCUCAUUAUCUCUCAUUCAAUAGGGGAUCACUAUCUAGAGGAUGCUUUGUGAUUCUUAGCCAAAGUAUUUCAACAAUCUAGACUGUUCCAACAAAAACAUUUCAAGCCAAUACAUUGACGUCAAGUAGGCCACUCCUAGUUGAUAGGCAUCAUUUUUCCUAAUGCUACUAUUAUGGGUGUUUGUUCUUUCAUUGUUUCUUAUUAUCUUAAAGGUAGACUCAGCGAUAUGACGUAGGUGCACAAAUUAAACAGCAUAAACUCUUAGAACCUAAAAGGGUUCUUCUGCUGUCCCCAUAGGAGAACCCUUUGAAUAACCCUUUUUGGUUCAGGUAGAAUGCUUUUGGUUCCAUGUAGAACCCUUUUGGGUUCAAUGUAGAACCCUUUUCACAGAACCCAAAAUACUUCUACCUGGAACCAAAAAGGGUUCUACCUGGAACCAAAAAUAGCUAUCCUAUGGGGACAGCCGAAGAACCCUUUUGGAACCCUUUUUUCUAAGAGUGUAGUGGGUCAAUUUCCGCAACAACUAAGAGUGUUGAAGCGCAAAGCUCAACUCCCCCACUGUUUUGGUCCCGUACCUACGGGGCUCUAACAGCGUGAAGCAAACCCAUGUACAUGCACAGAUACUGUAUGUGACUGUGUGGGAGCAAAGUCUUGCAUCUCGCUCAUCAUCUGCAGUGCUGCUCGUGGCAAUUGCUGAGUCUACCUUUAACUUAACAUUUUUCUUGCACUGGGGACUUCCAAUUCCAAAAUCCUUUUAAAUCUUUAUUGACUUCAUGAUGAUACGUCUUCCCCUGUCACAGGUAUCCCAUGCAGCAGAAAACCUGGCUGUGGUCCUGAGAUGUGUGCCCCAUUCUAACCUGAGCCUCACUGGAGAAAAUCUGAAACUAUUGGUCACAGAGCUAUCCAAGACACUGGAUAACUCAUUGACAGGACCACACCAAAUUAUGGUAAGAAUACUUUCUUUUCAAUCAUCAGAGAUUCAAUUAAAGUCAAGACAAAUGUCAUAACACUGUGGAAUGUGACUCAUAUUGUGAAAUCCUUCCCUUUUAGAAUGGCAGUUUGGGUUUGUGGCCAAACCUCACAGACUUGUUUGGCCAGCUUCCGACAGACAGCUUCAGUGCUGAGAACCUUGGUGAUGAGAACUUCAUCCGCUUCUGGUUCCUGAUCAGACUGCGGCCCCUCCUACCUUCAGUGUCAGAGGAGUACCUAUCCUGCCUCAGCACUAGAGACUUCAGCUGUCAAGCCUACCAAGCCCUGUAUGUACAACACAAAGACAAUUACAAAUACAUUUUUCAGUUCAUCAACAUAUUUGUUUCAUAAUCUUCUUCAAUAUAAAUGUUACAUAUCCUAUUGAUAAUACCAAAAGUGUGUAUUCUGAAUCCUGAUUUUCUCAUUACUUACAGUGUCAUGGGGACUGAGUGAUCACAUCUCAUCAAUGGAUGAGAUGAGACAGAAACUGGUCUACACACGCUUCAUUCACCCAUUCCUCUCAAAACACAGACAUUCAGGUAUUUAUUUUGAUAUGGCGAUUUGUUUCAUUUAGGACUGAUUUUGUGUGUCUUUUUUCAAAUAAUGUAUUGAACUGAGUGAACAAGCUAAUACGAUACAUUGCAUACUUUUCUUUCAGAUAUGAUGGGAUGUCCUUCAAAUGGGAGUUUGGAUUCAAUUAAGAGAUAUUUUGGGAGAUUUUCAAUUUUCCCACCUCUACAGCACUUCUUUGAUUUGCACAGAAACUUUUCUGCAGUAAGCAUUUACAUGACAUUCUACCAACUCAGAAUAUUUCUAUAACUGGAUGUCUUUAAGGGAUCAGGCUACGUGAUUAUGUCUUUGUAGCACAAUAUUCAUCAGUGUGACAAUGAUGUGUGUCUCAUCUGUCUUUCAGCUGGAUGCCCUGCCAGCUCUCUCUCCAAAGCAGAUAGCAGAACUGCUGCUGAUGCCCCACACUCCACCUCCACAGAGAGAUAACAUUAUUAACAGAGUCUUUGACCACCUCCACAACGACACCAGACUCAGAGACUUCCUCCAUGACCUGCAGAUGCUAAUAAGAGGGGUACUGUCGCUACCUUAAGCACACUUCAAAUUAUAUAUUUGUUGGGCAUAUUGAAGUUUUGCUAAACUCCUUUUGAUUUUUUUUCUCUCUCACAGGCUAACCUUGAGUGUGAGUCUUUCAGAAGCAUGUAAGUAUCAGGAAUGUUUUUGAAAAAAAAGAACACCCACACUGUACAACUUUGUAUGUUAGCAGAGUUAAUUACAUCAGUUUUUAUUUCUCAUCAAAGAUUCAACAGGCUGGACAGGGCUGCUGCAUCUGCCCCAUCUGAUUUGGUAUCAGUCAUCAGAGACAUACAGGACUCCAUAAUGGAUGCUGCUCCUCCGGGUGAGUCAGGAUUUAGAUAUGAUUAUGUGAUUGUGAGCUGUGACUCAAUGUAGUAUUUUUCCAUGUCCUGACAUCUGUUGUUGGUUUUGUCUUACAUCAGGUUGCAACGUCGUUCCCUUUAAGUUUGGGGUGAGAAAAAUCUCAACGACAUCAUUAUAUUAUCAUUAUGUUUCAAUAAAAUAAUUUGUAUUCUUCAACAAUACAUGUACUAUGGUCCGAAUUAAAUAUACUGAAUUGAAUUCCAUGAGAUUGACAUUAUGCCUGUUCUUUCCACCAGUGCUCUGUGACCCCCCCAGUCAAUGGUGAGGCAGUGUUUUGAACACCAUAUCAGAUUUUUUGAACUCAGAACUUUGAUAGUAAUUAAUAUUCAUCUCCUCUUGCAGAGAGCCACAUCUGUGCUGGAGUGAAUACGUGAGUGCUACCCCUUACCCUAUACAACAGUCAUAACAAAUGUAAAGACACAGCACAUCUUUAUAAUAGUCUAUAGUACAUUAAAUAAAUUAUGUUUAUUCAUGUAUGUCUUGUUUCUGAUAUGAUUUCCCUUCUCACAGCACUGAUGUGGAACACUGCAUGGCUGGCACGAAUAUGACCCAUAUGCUCUGCAACUUUACCAUCCAACAUUAUGCUUGCCUACCUCAGGUUUGACACUCUGCAUUGUGUGUAUUUAUGAAACCCACAUUCUACAUGCAACAUGUUUGAUUUGAUUGAUUACAUUUUUGAGGUGGUGGAUGAAUUGAUUUCCAAAAAUAAAUGUCCUUAAUGUAUGUGUUUCUUUGUGCCCUCUCAGCGUACCCAGCUAAAACCAGAGCAACUCUCUGAGAUCCUGCAAUGCAAACUGUCAGGCAACAUGACCUAUCCCAAAGAAAUGUGGAAGUUGUUCUUCACCAAAAAUUCUGCAUUUCUUGACGAGGCUCUUCACAGGUUUUCAAACACGGUAAAAAAACAUCCAGAAGAAAGGAGGACCAAGGCACUCUUCAUAUAAUUAAUUAAAAUGCCUUUACUUGUAUCCAUGUUCAAUGGAAACAAAGUUUUAAAACUCUGACGCAUUUCGGCUGCAUGGCCUUCGUCAGGGAGUACAAGGAUAUGAUAAUACAAUGUCCUCUUUUGAACAGCUUCUUUUGAAACAUAUUCUUUAAGAGUUUCUUGAAUUUGUACUUUGUAAAAAGUGAAAGUCAGAAGAUUGUGGGUAAAAGUCUUUAUCCAAGAGAACAUCUUCUGAGUUGUCUUUGUGUUGUCUUUGUGUUCAGUCUUACCAGCCCAGCGGCCCAUCCAUCUCUCUGGUGCUAGAUGUACUUGGGGAGGUAGUAGUUGACCAGUUUAGUCAGCAUGACCUGAGAAGUCCAAACCACACCCGCAAGUGGUUCCUGGGGAAUCUCCAACCCUUCCUCCCACAAGCCUCCAGAGAGUUCCUGUCCUGUCUCAGCACCAAGAACUUCACCUGUGGGACCUACCAGAUUUUGUAUGUGAAAACAUCAAUUUUAUUUCAGUGUGGUUGACUAUUUGCCCUCACUUGAUCUAGUACUUCAAUGUGGUGUCUUUGCCUUCGCAGAGUGGAAGCUCUAGGUCAUCAACCAGCUAACCCUAAACCCAGCUAACUCAGCUAUGGACAGACAAAGACAGCUUUUGAUCUACACUGAAUUCAUUGAGCCCUUCUUGAAGCGCAAUGACACUGAAGGUACAUUUAAAUUAUUCUGCAACGUCAAUGAUACCUGUAAAUGUAAUUUUACUAAGCAUGGUGAAGACAAAGGAAUUGUAAUCAAUUAGGAUAGAAAGACGGCUAUUUUUCUCCAGUCUUUGAAAAUAUUUUUUAUUAUUUCAGACCCCAACUGUGUCAACAACUCAACCAACAGCACUGACUGGCUUAAAAAGUACUUUGGGCCGUUUGUUGGUUUUGCCCCCCUAGAAGAACUCAAACGACUGCAUGGAAACUUCUCAGUGGUUGGUACUAGUUCAUGAUUUUGACCUUUUGAACUUACUGAUUCAUCCAAGAGCCAUUUGUUAACCAGUCUGAAUCCAUGUUCUUAUUUCACUGUGUAGGUGGAUGUCCUGCCUAUGCUGAGCCCCAGGCAGCUGGCGGAGGUGGCCUCCACCCCUGGUCAGCUCAGAAACCCUGGAGAUGUCGACAUCAUACUGAUCCAUGUGCUUACCAGAGAUCUGGGCGAGUUCUUUGACAUCGUUUCUCCAGCUGUUGAGGUAUGGAUGAGUGAUGUCUAUGGUCAAUUCUUAUACCACUGCCUUAUUUCCUAUAUACCAUUGCUUAGUACAAUCUUCUCAUGUGCUUCUGUCCUUCAGGGUCUUCACCUUCCGGUGGAUGUGCGCCAGGUGCUGCUCCAGCAGGUGUUUAACAAUGCCAACCUAUCAGAUCCCUCCAUCAAAGACCCUGAGGUGCUGGUGUGGUUGGGCCAGAGACUCCGCCCCCUGUUACCCAACUUGACAGAGGAGCAUGUGGCCCCCCUCUUCAACAUCGUCAGACACAGAGACUGCAACACCAGCCAAGAACCGUAAGAUCAGCACAGUGUAUUAUAGAAACACUAAUAAUUUCCAAUAAUGUGAUGCAUGUUUGCAACUGACCUUCGUGAACAGUACAUUACUGCUCUUAGUUGUGCUUGAUAAUGCAUAUCAAUGGGUGCUCUUUCUGGUUUCUGUCCAUCUACAGAGUGAAGUUGCUGAACUCGAUCCUACCAUCGCUGUCCAAUGGCACACAGGCUGCUGUCCAGCAUCAAAUCCUCAUGUCUCUCAGAGGUAUUCACCUAGUCAUCAUCUCAUAGGUUAACCUGUAGAAUUGUCUUGUCAUACCAUUAACUGACCUACAGUAUUUAAAAUGUUUUAUGUCAUCAUAUCAUGCAAAACUCGUCAUAUCGGCUGUAUUUCUGCCUGCUUGAAUGGCAAUAGCUCAGAUACACAUGAAAACACGAAAUAACCCCAGGAAUCAAUAGACAACGCUCAGAGAUGCACAAAAUGAUAUCUACCAUUCAAAAUGGGUUAAUCUUUCCAGACAGCUAGGUGAGAUCAACAACAUAUUACAAUCGUAGCAAGUACAUUUUCCCUCAACAAAGUACUAGUUACCAGUAACAGUAAUAGCUUCUCAUGAUCCUUCUCUAUAAUUCUCCCUAAAUACAUGAUAAUAUACAAUAAUGUGUUUUAUAUACCAUGGUCUGAGGGCCGCAGUUUUGGACUUAGUGCUGGACCAAAUGAGGGAUGGGUUAAUUUACAGUAUUUCAUUGUUCCGCAGAAUCAACUCCACUACGUUGCUAUAGGAACAACAGCUUCUUCGUGUUCCUGAGACAAUCCUUCCUCAACUUUCCAUUCCCAAAGUUGACCAACUUCCUCUCCCUUAUUCCACCACAGCGGGAAUCUGAGGUACAGUACAUUUAACGUGUUUCAGCUACACUUCAACUUUUGGAAAGUGUGUUCUGGCCUAGAAAGUCACUGUGUAUCAUAUGCUAUCUGUGUUUCCAGCUGCUCAACACCAUGCAUCCCUCAGAGCUCGGUACCUUCCUCAGGAAGCCACAGGUGGUGGACAACAAGACUAAGCUCUGCACAAUCUUCCGAAAAUACAAAAAAACUCCUGAGUUCUUGGAAACCGUAAGGACACACACUGCUGAUUGUGGCCACCAUUUUCAAGCACUCACUCCCUCUCCCUGAGUAUCUAUUUCUUAGGAUUUACUGAAAGAACAACCUCUGUUAAAUGGUGCGUUCUCUCAAUCCUUUGACUUUGAACAUUAUCUGUCUGUAGGAGACUCUUCCGGAUGAUGUGAUGCGUCCAGUCCUGCCCUGCGUCUGGCCUUUGGCUCUGUCCACUGAUGACAAGGCUGAGGUUGACCGCUGGUUUGACAACAGGCUGAGGAACUACCUGAAGUUCCUCAACAGAGACCUGCUCCAGUCCUCUGACACACUCAACGCCUCCUGCUUACCCUUCAGGAGACUGUAAGCUACCACACUGGAAAUACAUUACAUUUGCUGAUGCUAUUACACAGAAAUAUCUACAUAAUUGAAUGUGAAUAAAAGGAAGAAAAGUUUGAUGACUGUCUGCUGUGGUUUUGACAGUGUAUCUGUACUGGGAAGCAACCUCACUUUCAACAGCUCAGCCAUAACUCAAGAUGAUGCGUACAACACCAUAAAGACCUACCUCAACACAGGAAGUGAGUGUUUUAGUACUGACUACUGAUUACUCCAGUUUACAUUAUACAUAUACAGUGAGCACCAUAAUUCAUUGGACAGUGACAAUAUUUUUGUUAUUUUGGUUUUGUACUCUAGCACUUUGAGUUUGAAAGGAUACAAUGACAAUGAGGGUGAAGUGCAGACUGUCAGCUUUAAUUUGAGGGUAUUUUCAUACAUAUCGGAUGAACCGUUUAGAAAUGACAGAACCUUUUGUACAUGGUCCCCCCAUUUUAAGGUACUACAAGUAUUUGUUAAAUUGGCUUCACAGAUGUGUGUCGUUAGGCAGGUGUAUUCAUUUGUGUCGUUAGUGAAUACAGGAGAGCUGUUGAUGAAUAGUAUUGAUUCUAGACUUUGCUAUUGCCUUUGGAGGUUGUUGUUGGGGUGUGACAACAUGAGGAAGACAGCAGUGUCGAUGCAAAUGAAGCUGGCCGUCAUAAGGCUCAGAAAUGAAAAUCAAUUAAUCAGGAACAUUGCGAAAACCCUGGCCAUGCCCAAGUCAACAGUUUGGUUCAUCAUUAACAAGAAAAAAACUACCGGUGAACUCAAUUAUGUCAAAAGACCCGGUAGACUGAGGAAGACCACUGUAGUGGAUGACCGGAGAAUACUCUCUAUGGUGAAGAAAACCCCCCUGACAACAGCCCAACAGAUCAAAAACACUCUCCUGGAUGCAGGUGUAGAUGUGUCAAAGUAUACCAUACGUAGGAGACUACACCAGCAGGACUACAGAGGGUACACUACAAGAUGCAAACCACUAAUAAGCCUGAAGAACAGAAAGGCGAGAUUACAGUUUGCUAAAAAGCACCUAAAAGAGCCCCAAGAGUUCUGGAAAAGUGUGGAGAAAAAAAAGAAAUGCCCAUGAUCCAAAGCAUACCACCUCAUCCGUGAAACAUGGUGGAGGGGGUGUUAUGGCUUGGGCCUAUAUGGCUGCCAGUGGAACAGGCUCACUUGUCUUCAUCAAUGAUGUGAAGUAGAACAAUGAAUUCUGAAGUCUACAGGAAUAUUUUAUCUGCUCAGAUAAAACCAAAUGCCUCCAAACUCAUUGGACGGCACUUCAUCAGGCAACAAGACAAUAACCCCAAACAUACUGCUAGAGCAACGAAGGGGUUUUUGAUGGCCAAAAAGUGGAAAAUCCUUGACUGGCCGUGUCAAUCACCGGAUCUGAAUCGAAUUGAACAUGACUGAAGGCAAUAAGUCCCCGAAACAAGCAGGAACUGAAGAUGGCUGCAGUACAGGCCUGGCAGAGCAUCACCAGGGAAGAUACCCAGCGUCUGGUGAUGUCGAUGCUUCGCAGACUUCAAGCAGUCAUUGCAUGCAAAGGAUAUGCAACCAAAUAUUAACAAUGAUUACUUUAUUCUACAUUAUGUUAAACUGUCCAAUGCCCGAAAAUGGGGGGGACCAUGUACAAAAGCUUCUAUAAUUUCUAAACGGUUCAUCCGAUAUGUAUGAAAAUACCCUCAUAUAUUUAUAUUGUACUUUACAAAUUGCAUGAAUGGAUAUUUUUCAACAUAAAGGCUGUUACCAAAGAAUAUUCAUAAAUUCUGCUUCAUGACAGAUAUUCCUCAAGGAUGUAUGCCAUUUUAAUAAAAAUGAUUUGGUGUAACUUGUGCUAAAAUGAUUUCUCACAUCAAAUACAUUAAACACAUAUUUAUUGAUUUGUGACUUGUAGGUUCAGCAGCACCCAAGUGUUAUAGUCCCACUGACCCAAAGCUCAACUCCACCGCCUGGUUCCUUAACUACAUUGGUGUGUUCAUCACCUUUGUGACCAUUGAAGACUUCAACACGUUUGGCUCAGAGUCAACGGUAAGCCUAUGCACCUGCCUGUUUUGAUGAAGGGACAUCAUACAUUACCAAAAAUACAUAACCAAAGGUUUGUCUUUUUGUUUGGUUUUUACAGCUACAACUAUUUGCCGUGAACCCUGUCAACAUUGAGUUGUUCAAUUUCGCUGGAGCUCCUCAAAAUCUGACUAAACGCUAUACUGAGCUUAUCUUCCUGCAGAACUCCAACUUCCUCCCACUGCAGUGAGUUUUGGAACAGUAGCCACUAAAAUCAUUGGUUUUAUGUUACUAACUUACUUUAUUUAUUGCGUUUAUGUCAAGGGUAUGAUAACAGACAACAGUCUACAUUGAAUCUGAGUGACGCUAUGGGGAAAUUCUAAUCCAAGAAAGUGUUACUCAGUGUUUUAUUUCAUAUUUUUGUUUUAUUCCCAUAUCUUUAGGCUUCCACCACACUUACAAUGUUAUGUCCCAGCUUCCGCUUACUCUAAGCUCAAUGAGUCAGAGAGUGUGGUUGUCUUGGGCAACCUGAACCAAUCCUGUAAUAACGUGGACUCAGAGGUGAGCACCAUCGUGAUCUGUCUCCAUUUUUGUUUCAUCUUAACCUUAGACCUGUGUUUUGAACACAAGUAAAUUAAAUGUUACAGUAUGAGCCAUUAUUUCCAUGUUAUCACAAUCCAUUGAUUGGUUAAGUGAUACUGUUACCUAAUCUUUGCUGAUGUCAUUUCCUUCCAGAUUUAUUCCGCACUGGCAUCGAAUAUCCAAAUUGUCAGUCUGGGAUCAAUCACGGCCCUGGGCCCGCAGGUCACAAGUCUGACCACUGGCCAGAUCACUACAGCCCCGCCCAGUGUGAUUUUACAAUCCUUGAGUACUCUGAGCAGUAUUUCUGGAUGGAACUUGGGACAGUCCUUGUCCAUCAUACAGAUUCUCAUCACCCAAAACUUCCAGGUGAUUCACUUCUUAAUAGGUUUAUUGCUGGUGGCGUAUUGAUUGUGAGCAUCAUUCACAACCAUGAUUCCUGCUUUAAACCAUUCCAUCCUUUCUACCUCCACUCUAGAGGAUAUUUAAUAAUUCAAUGUUCUCUUUCUUCAGAUAAACAAUUCCAGCAGUCUAAUAAACCUGGGCUCUUUAGUGGGAGGUAUUCCUACCCAAACACUCACCGCAAUACCCGCGAAGCAGGUUCUAACAACAUCCGCCAACCCAACAUUUGUUACCAACAUGCUGACUGCUCCAAAAAUUGUGCAACAGAUCUAUGUUAAUAAGGUAUGUACUUGGCUAGCUAACAGUAGCUAGACUAACUGAUGUGAAGUAGGCGUUAUAAAUUUCCCACCCAAUAUUUUUCAGUAUGAGUAUAAUAGUGUAUCUAAUGUAAUGAUAAUAGCUUUUUAUAGGUUCUACAUGCCUCAUUGAAAUGUGUUAUGAAAAAAUCAAGGGUAAUCAAUCAUAAUAACAGUAUUCAUUUAGAAAUGUUGACAUGUUUUUGUAUUACUUAUUCAGAUCAUCUCAGAUGACACGGCACCAACGCAACUGAUAGUCAAUGUCCCAGAUGAAAUGGCAACCGAAAUUCCCAGGAAUCUACUGAAUUUCCCAACAACUGGAAAUCAAACACUCAUUGCUCUGAACAUCAACAAGAAAAAAUGGAAACCUCAGCAGGUAUUGAGGGGUUUGUAGUAUUCAAAAGCUGUGUAGACCUUCAACAUUUACACAAUUAUACAAUGGUGAACAUGUGUAUUAUACGUCUAUAAAUGUGUCUACACCUCUGUUUCUCUCUGUUUCAUUUAUAGGCAGUGCUGUUCUUUGAUACAGUAGCAAAUGGAUUGGAUGAGCCUGAUGAGUAAGUGUAACAGUGUUUAGAGAAUGUCGGUCCUGACCAAUAGCUGAGCAGAAAUCAUACAAAUGUAGCAUUUUCCCAUGGGGAUACAUUUUUAUUAUGUACUUGAACAAAAAGUGGUUUGAUGACAUUUAUAGUUAAUGUAUUAACUCUAAUGAAUGUACUCCAUUGAUUUCUUUAUAGCCUUUCUGAGUAUGUUCUUCAAGGAUUCACUUGCUCUCGUGUCCAGACUUUCGCCAAAACAAAAAUUAAACGUUUCAUCAGAGCUUGCAGACGUAGGGUCGGUCGAAGAAAGGUGGUUCUCAAGGAGACACAGGUGAAUAUUAAAAAUAAAAACUUUCUCUACAUCAACUAAAGGGCCCUACUCAAUCAAAACCGGUAGCCAGGCCUCCAGAUUACAUUGUUAAUGUGCCUGUAUGAAUUAUAAUGCAAAUGUUUUUUAUUUAUUUUUCAUGGCUACAUGAAUCCAAGCAUGUAUUCUCUCAGCACAAGAAUGACAGUAGUUACUGGAAACCCAGUAACAAGUUUUGAUUGAAUAUGUUUCUCUGUUUUCAAGGAGCUUAUUUUACUGACAUAUGAGAAAGUGACAUUUUGUUUUACAGCUAACUUGCAUGUGGAACAACGUCAAAGAUGAAAGUCCUCAAGAUUUUGUCAACUAUCCAUCAGAUAUGUUGCUGUAUUACAGGUAAGUUGGUCAUGUCACUGACAUUGUAAAAUACAUUGUAAAUGAGGGUAACUAAUGUUAGUUUAAAUUACUGUUAGUUUAUUACGCUGACAUAACCAAAUGAAAAUGCUAUAUAAAUGAAGCAUAAAGACAAUGUAAACUGUUUGUAUUUUUCUCCAGCUACACCAACAUACAACAGACCAACUGCAGAUCCUACUUCACUGAAACAGGAAGAGCAGACUUCUCCGUCCUGUCCAGCACGUUGGAUGGAAGAAAGGUUGAGCUACUGAACAAUGCCAAAAAGUGCCUGGUAAGUUAUGUAUUCAAAACGAAAGACACAAGUAUAUGACUGAAUGUUUAAAAGCAGUGAUUAUGACGACAUUUGAUUUAUUCCAGAACAUCCAAGGGACACAGCUCAGUCGAGAUCAUGUCGAGGUCCUGGGCAACAUGGCCUGUACUCUGGAUGAGAACUACAUUCAGAACUCUGACUUUUACAUCCUGGAGAAACUAAAGAACUGCAAUGACUUCUCAGAUAAGCAGAUUACAGCUAUGGAGAAUGUUAUCUGCAGUGGCAAGACCACAUAUGGGUAUGUCACAUUGUUGCUAUCGGAGCUGUGCUGAUUUGUGUUCAUGUAGAUACGCAUGAAUUGAAAAAUGAAUGCAUUUUUGUCGAUUGAUUUUGUCUUAAUCAGUCUGCAUUUAUUCUUAUCUGUUCAGAAACCCAAGUACAUGGAAUGUGGCCACUCUAGAGCAGCUUGACAUUCUUCCAUUGUACUUAAGAGAAAACUUCUGGAGACACAUCAGCACGGUAUACUAUACAUGACAAUUGCAUAGCACUUUGACAUUAUUUUCAAAUCAAAUCAAAUUGUAUUGGUCACAUACACAUAUUUAGCAGCUGUUAUUGCGGGUGUAGCGAUAUGCUUGUGUUUCUAGCUCUAACAGUGCAGUAGUAUCUAACAAUUCACAACAAUACACACAAAUCUAAAAGUAAAAGAAUGGAAUUAAGAAAUAUAUAAAUAUUAGGACGAGCAAUGUCGGAGUGGCAUUGUCUAAAAUACAUUAGAAUAGAAUACAGUAUAUACAUCUGAGAUGAGUAAAGCAGUAUGUAAACAUUAUUAUUUUGUAUUACUCCUAUCUUUUGAAUGACCUCACAUAAUUUGAGAUUGUUACCCAUCUCAAUUUGAAAAGCUCUCAUUUACCUUUUAUGCAUUUCUUAUUUCUUAAUGUGUUCUGUUUUGACUGACACAGCUAAAUAAAAGAAUGUUCCUGAAGAAAUUCAUGAAAAGACUGCGUACAAACAAGACAGAGAAGAGGAAACUGAAGAAGCUGUUCAAAGCAUGCACCGUGUCUUUGAGAUCCAAACGAAGCACUGGUAGGUUUAAAUAAUAUCAGGUCAAUAUAGCUGUUCUGUGGUUUAAUAGUGGAGGCUCCUCUAUGACAUGAAUGAUCACAUUUAUUUUUGAUACUUGUCUUUUUAGUAAAUGCAUGUCCAGACUCCCUUGGCAACAUUACUCAAGUGACCAUAAGUGAUGACGCGUUCCCCUUUGGGUAUGAGACCACCACGUUCAACCACUGUCUGAGCACCCAAGUAGUAAUGGACAAUCUGGCCAGCCUGACUGAGAAGAUAGAUGAUGAUGGCAUGCAACAGGUCAUUUUGGAGAAGCUACACCAGGUAUAAAACUUUACUGACACAAAACAGGAAAUCACAACAGAUUUCAAACUCAAAGUCUGCCAAGAGGUGGUCAUUCGGUAACAGCUCUUUAUGGUGUGGUCUUGUCCACCAGGCGUACCCCGAAGGUCUCUCAGACCAGCAGGUUCAGGUGCUUGGGUCAGUGUCUCGUGUGGCCUCCAUAGAGCAGAUCAACAAGUGGAACAUCACUACAGUGGACACACUGGCAGCACUGAUGGACAAUGACAAUGGAGAAUGGGACUCCGGCAAAGUAGGGUUAUUUAACUUUACACCAACAACGUCUUUAAAUGGUGUUUAAAAAAAACAUGAUAAACAUUUUGCUUCUAAAAGAUGUGUAUGAGUGGCUUUUCGAUUUAAAUGUAUCUUUCUUCUUCCUUUUCAAUUUCAGGCCAAAGUUAUUGUCACCAAGUUCUUAAGUGCUGGCAAUUCGCUUGGUGCCUCUAAACUGAAUUCAAUUGGAGGGCCUAACCUAUGUGCACUGGACCCCAGUGUGUUGCAAGGCAUCAGAAAUGACAGUCUCAGGUAAGAUCAUCUACAGAUCUUGCUGUGUAAGAGAGACACCUUGUGGUCGAGUCAUGCAAGUCACUCCACUUCACAUUUAUCUUGUGCUCUGGCAGUGUUUGACCUCGACAGAGGAUCCAGGCCUACACGCUCCUUAACCCUCCCGUUGUCCUAGGGUCAAAAUGACCCGCCACUGUGUUAAACCAACUUUAUUACAUUUUUAUAUUUUUGGGAUCAUUUGUGAGAAGGAGGCAGUGAGACUUUAAAGAAAGUAUCACUGCCUCCUUCUCACAAAUGAUCCAAAAAAUAUAAAAAUUAAAUAAAGUUGGUUCAACACAGUGGCGGGUCAUUUUGACCCUAGGACAACGGGAGGGUUAAUUAUGUUGGAACAUUUUCAUAUGCUUUUCUUUUUGCAUGUUCAUAGUUUGUGUUUUUCUUGUGCCUUUUGAACACAACAGAGAUGCAGAUGCUCUGGAAAUCACUAACUGUUCCUCAGCGCAUAAGAAGGCAUUAUUUGCAGUAGCUGAGAUCGCCUUCCCUAUCAACUUCGUCCAAACCCGCGCCACUGCAGAUCAGCUAACAUCCUACCAGCUCAUUCAGCCAUACCUGGGUAAGGGUUCCCUUUUCUGGAUACAUACAGAAAAGCGAUGCUUUCUUGGAUAUCCUGUAAUAAAAGUUAUUUCAAAUAUUUAGUUUGCUUGCGUGGUGACCUUAAAGAACCCUUGUGCCAUUCUCACCAUGUUCGUUGCCCUUCUUUAGGAGGUGCCAGUACCAGCUACAUACGGAGUCUGUCUGGGCUCAAUGUUAGCAUGGAUAUCUCCACUUUUGUUGGUUUGGAUUCAACUGUCGUCCAGGUAUGUGCUCAUUCCCAUACCAUUAAUCAAUGACCUGUGAUGGCAGUGACUCAAUUCAUUGGCAUCUAUCAUUUUUUCUGUAAUUCUCUGCCUCUAAAUAGGAUCUUAAUGUGAGUGAAGUGUCUGGACUCCUCGGCUCCAACCGAAAUGACAUGAAAACCUUUGAGAAUAACACUGUAGUGAAGAACUGGGUCUCAAAGCAGUUACAGUCUGAGCUUGACAAGCUGGGUAUCGGUCUGACCGGAGGAAGGGUGGUACCAACGAAUGGAACAGAUUCAAACACCACCCCCAUCACACCAGCAGUGACGAUGACAACUACUGCCACCACCAUCAUCAAAACAACUUCCGGUAAGGUGUCAAACGUUGCAUUAAUGGUUAGCAUGCUUCGCCCGUGCUAAAUCCAUUUAAAAAUGUGAUUCCCUUAGAAAGUGUUGAAAUAAUUUGGUUUGCAAAGAGGGAAAUUAGUUAUCUGCUCUGUAAUGUACCGUAAACAUAAUUGUACUUAUAAUGUAUAGGAAUGUGUUUGGGAACAUAUAGUAACAGUAAUGACAGAAGACAUGCAAAUCUUAACCUUGUUUUUCUGUUCUCUCUCGAUGUCUUUUAGGCCAGAGCAGAGGCACAUAUCCAGCUCCUCUGCUUUUCCUGUUUGGUAUCUUGUUCAUUGCAGUGCAAAUGUAGAUUAUAACAUUGCAAUAGAAGCAUUAUAAUUUAGACCAGGUUACAUAAUUAUCAUAUCACGGUCAUAAUAUUAAAUCUAUUUUUGGAAUCUAUUUUUAAAGAAGACAUUAAAGCUGACAUUAUCUUUGACAGCCAAAUGAGUGCAAUAUGCAAUAAAUAUGCCAUAUAAUAUGCAAUGUUUUAUCAACCAUUGCUCCAAUUGUAUUUUCAAUUGGUUAAUCAAUCAUAUUCAUAUCACUACUGUAGGUUAUUUAUCAACUAUUUAAUCUUUUUUUUUUUAUAAUGAUUUUUGUUUAUUUCAUUUUGUAUAUUGGGGAUGGGAAAGAAAUACAAAUUAAUAUGAGGGUGUUCUGUUGUUUGUUUUACUAAGAAGAGCCUCUGGUUGGGAAAAAAUAGCCACAUUUCACUUUAACUUGCCAGAAAUGCUUUUCUCAAAGAAAGAGAGAAAGGUGUGACUAUUCAAUUCAUGAAAAAGUGUCCAAUUUGAUUUUCUAGUUUUAUAUUUGCUCAUCAAUGUCAUUAUUAUUUACGGACCAUGGUUUUAUUUUGUUCAUUUGAUGGUUCAAAAUAGUGAUAGGCCUAAGAAACUGCAUGGGUCAAUCAGGAUCAAAUAAAUCAAAUGGGUUCGACAAAGCUUGUGUUCUCUAUGCCCAUCAUCACACAAGUGAAAAUACCAGAGAAAAAGAGGAGCGGCUCAACUCGGCGGAAACUCUUUCUCUCUCUAGCAGGUGGCGUUGUUUCGCCAAUGGUGGCCAAUGAGUGUCGAAUUUGUUCAACAACAAAAAAAUAAUGGCUUAUUUGCUACGUGAGGU